AUGGCGUUAACUUGUGUCUUUCAACCAGGUUACAAAAAUCAAACAAACACAAACAGAAGACACUCAACAGAAGACACUCAACAGAAGACACUCAACAGAAGACACUCAACAGAAGACACUCAACAGAAGACACUCAACAGAAGACACUCAACAGAAGACACUCAACAGAAGACACUCAACAGAAAACACUCAACAAAAGACACUCAACAGAAAACACUCAACAGAAGACACUCAACAGAAGACACUCAACAGAAGACACUCAACAGAAGACACUCAACAGAAGACACUCAACAGAAAACACUCAACAGAAGACACUCAACAGAAGACACUCAACAGAAGACACUCAACAGAAAACACUCAACAGAAGACACUCAACAGAAGACACUCAACAGAAGACACUCAACAGAAGACACUCAACAGAAGACACUCAACAGAAGACACUCAGCAGAGAGACACUCAACAGAGGAGCACUCAACAGAAGACACUCCAACUGCAGAAAACCUCAACAGAAGACACUCAACAGAAGACCCCACUCAACAGAAGACCUCAACAGAAGACACUCAACAAGAAAACACUCAACAAAGAAGACACUCAACAGAGAGAGGUACUCAGCAAGAAGACACUCAACAAGAAACACAAACAGAAGACACUCAACAGAAGAAGACCUCAACAGAAGACACUCAACAGAAGACACUCCAACAGAAGAAACACAAACAGAAGACACUCAACAGAAGACUCAACAAAACCUCAACAGAAGACACACUCCAACAGAAGACACUCAACCAGAAAACACAAACAAGACACUCAACAGAAGACACUCAACAGAAAACACUCAACAGAAGACACUCAACAGAAGACACUCAACAGAAAACACUCAACAGAAGACACUCAACAGAAGACACUCAACAGAAAACACUCAACAGAAGACACUCAACAGAAAACACUCAACAGAAGACACUCAACAGAAAACACUCAACAGAAGACACUCAACAGAAGACACUCAACAGAAGACACUCAACAGAAGACACUCAACAGAAAACACUCAACAGAAAACACUCAACAGAAGACACUCAACAGAAGACACUCAACUUGAAAACACAAACAAGAAGACACUCAACAGAAGACACUCAACAGAAAACACUCAACAGAAGACAUCAACAGAAGGGCACUCAACAGGAAAGACACUCAACAGAAACACUCAACAGAGACACUCAACAAGAGGGCACUUUCAACAGAAAAACACUCCAGCAGAAAACCUCAACAGAGGCACUCAACAGAAGACACUCAACAGAAGACACUCCAACAAGAAGACCUCAACAGAAAACACUCAACAAGAAAACACUCAACAGAAGACACUCAACAGAAAACACUCAACAGAAAGACACUCAAACAGGAACCUCAACAGAAACACUCAACAGAAAACACUCCAACAAAGACACUCAACAGAAGACACUCAACAGAAGACACUCAACAGAAAACACUCAACAGAAGACACUCAACAGAAAACACUCAACAGAAGACACUCAACAGAAAACACUCAACAGAAGACACUCAACAGAAGACACUCAACAGAAGACACUCAACAGAAGACACUCAACAGAAGACACUCAACAGAAAACACUCAACAAAAUACUUCUAAAAACAAAACCAUCUCUCUAG